CUUGUCGUGUUAUCUGGCCGCGCUCUGAACCAGGUGUAAAAGUGCGACGUGUGACGUUUCCAUUAGUGAAAUGUGUGCGGCGACGUUGUGCGGCUGAUCAUGAUGUGAUGAUCAAAGGAGAGAACGUGACAAGCUACGACCUGAACGUUGGGAUUCAACGGACUGUGUCAACCGGAUCAACGACUUGAGCGUCUAUUGACCUUUAUUAAAAUACGAAAAGUUUGAAUAAAUAAAAAAAAAAAAUAGAUAUUUCUAUCCGCUUAAAAAUAAAUUUAUUAUACCAAUUAAUUCAAGAAUUCUCUAAUAGAACGAUCUAUCCACUCGUUCAAUUAACACAAAUAAAUUGUAAAAGUCAGAGGAGAAAGAAAAACAGUAUGCGUUCAAACAUAUUUAAAAUUCAAAUUGAAUACAAAUAUUUUACAUGAAAUAGGAAGAAGAUAAAAUAAAGGGAAAAAAAGGUUAAAGAACGAGAAUAAAUGAAGAAAAAAAUGAGCUAAGAAAGGAAUCUUCUAUUAAUAAUAAAUUCUUUUUUAAUGAAUAAAGAAGUAAAAGGAAAGAGUUAAAUAAAUAAAUAAAUAAAAAGGAAAGGAGAUCGAAAAGAGAUCUUUUCUAAUGAAUAACAUAUAUUGGUUUAAUAAAUAAAAAAAGAGAGAAAGAAUUCACGAGAGGAAAAAAUAAAUGAUUGAACGUACCUGGAACGCUCCAUGUGAAGAAGCAGGAAGGAACAGGUGUGUACAGUGAUGUAUUAGAACGCCUUUAAGAAAAGAAAGAAAAAAAAAAGUAUGGAGAACGCGGCGAUUGCACUUGACUCGACUGUUAGAAGUCAGGAUUCGAAUAAUUCAAAGAAUUCGAAGGACUCGAAGGACUCGAACACAUCCGAUUCGAAGCCAGAAAGUUGCCUCGAGUCUAAACAUUCGAAGGAAAUCCUUAUUUCUGAGAAGCAACAACGGCAACAACCUCGAACCGUAACAAGCACGGACGAUCGACAGAAGCUGAAGAACAAGGAGUCCAAGGAUGAAUCAACUAUUCUGAUGUUCACUUCUUGUGGGCAAUUGCUUUUAGGUGUAGUACUUGUAGUAUUUGGUAUCCUGGUAUUGGUCCAUGGCGCUGCAUUAGGAGGUUCCGGUGCAGGAUUAUGGGCAGGUGCGGGUGCUCUUGCCGCAGGAGCGUUUGGUGUCGUAGCAACACUUGCAACGUCAACGAGCAAAACGAAUUCCAGCUUUUCCACGGCUCACCUUGCAGCGAGCCUCAUUGCCCUUGCCCUUUCGAAUAUGGCUGCAAUCACGGCCUUGACUGCUAUUGUCAGGGAUUCCCAGAGAACACCGGAAGUGACCUUGCUCACUGUUCCGAAUGAAGAUGGAGACGCAGCAGAAGUAGAAGGUACCUGGGCAGGUAUAUUGGCUAGCAUUGGAUUACUGAUAGCUAGUGUGGCCGAAUUAUUAGUUUCUGGUUACAUUUGCUUAACCUUAACCCCUAAACUAUGCGGAUGCCUUCGAGCGAAUAAUGUCGACGAAAUUGCAAGCGACGGUCGACUGAAAACCCGCAACAUGGUCCAUCAGUGGGUCACAGCGCAGAACCAUGUACCGAAGAAUCAACCGAUUUACGUAGUGCAACCGAUGUUACCGAUACAUCCGAUGAUCCAGUCACCAUAUGCAAUCUCUGGGGCACCUGCAAAAUUUCCUGGAGGAUUUAUGCCUACUGGACCUUUGCCAAUAGCUAGUCCAGCUUAUGGUGCCGUUCCUAUGUUACCGCAUAUGCCAUAUGCUGCUCGUGCUCCAUCACAAAUUAUUCGAUCAAAACAAAAACGUCACAUAACUGAAGAUACUAUGGAAAGAAAGAGGCAAACUGAAAGAAAAUCGGAAUCCCCGAAAAGAAUGUCUUCUAUAGGAGAAGAUCAAGUAGAUUUAGCUCAAACAUAUACAGGAUUGGAUAAAAAAAUCUCAGAAGAGUUCAUUUCAAUUGCCAUGGAUCCAGAAAGGAAAUCUAAAGCCUCCAGUAGUCAUGGCAGUGAAAUUGGUACCGCGAAAACUUCUUAAAAAUGUGAUGUUUUCAAAUUAUUUCGAAUUAUUUUUAUAACCAAUGCAAAAAAAAUCCUUAUACAUUUACGCAUGUAAAUGUAUAUAAUUUAGCAUUAAAAGAAAAGUUUUGUAUCAUUUGAAUAUAUAUAUAUAUAUAUAUAUAUAUAUAUAUAUAUAUAUACUAUAUAUGAAACAAUUUAAACACUCGAGGCUUUAUUUCUAUAAUUUCGUUGUAUCAAUUUACAUCAUUACUAGUAUUCACAAUACGCAUUGCAAUUUUAAUUGCUAUUGUAGAUAUUAAUUAUUCACCGUUCAUAAUUGGAAAUUGUAAUGAAAUUCUUGAAAUAAAAAAUAGAUAUAUAUGCUUAUAUAUAUAUUUUUUUAAUUGUAUAAAAAUGGUUAUAUUUAAUGAGAUUUUAAAAAUUAAUAAAUUUAUUUAUUUCUUAUGCUAUUUUAUACCAAUUGUUAUUCAUACUGUUGUAUAUUAUUCAUUAAAAAAUGAUAUGUAUUUUAAGGAGAAAAAAAUCCAACUUUGAAAGAGUAACAAUAUAAUAGCUUUGAAUAUUUGUUAUAUAAUAAUUUCAAAGGUAAAUUAUAAUAUUUCAAAAUAUUAUAUAUAAAAAUAUAAAUUUAUUUUUAAUACAUAAGAAUUUUUAAAAGAAUCAUUGGAAAAUAAACAUAAGAAUUGUUAAUAUUUUGUAUUUUAUCUAAUAAUUAAAAAACUAAUUUUUAAAAUUUUAUACUGCCAAAGUUGUCUAUUUAUUUUUUUAAUAUAUACUUAUAUGAUUACAAGAAUAAAUACAAUAGAUUUUUAAAAACAUUUUUACAUUUGCUAGAUUUGUAAAAUAUACAAAAAAAUGUUUUAAUUUUCUAUUUUUUUUAAGUUAUUGAAGUUUUUUUUGCAAAGAAUAAUACAUUUUAUUUUAUUAAUAAAUACAUAUAUAAAUUAAAACAAUCUAUACAAAUAUUGAAAUUAGUUUUUAAAAAAUUUUAUCAUAUUUAAAAAAAUAAAAGAAUUUAAAAUAAUUAAUAUAAAAAUAUCUUAAACUAAUUUCAAUAUAAAAUUUCAAAGAAAUAAGAUAAAAUACAUUAAAAUAUUUAAAAUAGUUUUUUGAAUAAGAUUCUAUUACAUUAACAAGAAACUUCUAGAUACCUGAUAUUAAAAUAGGUAUUUAAUGCAUAAAGUCAUUUGAAUCAUUUGUAAUUAUUGUCUUUUUUUAUAAUUUAGUUUAUGAAAUGUUAUAAAUGAUGUGUAAUAUCGCCACUUUAUUGUACAAUUAUAUGUUAAUACUCGAAGUUAAUUCAAUGCGAACUUUAUCGUGUAUAUAUAAUGUAUAUCCUGUACUGUUAUGAAAAAAUAAAUUUAAAAAAUAAAACACA